ACCAUCGCUCUCUCCAGCCACCGCUGCUAAGUACAUCUCACUCGCACGAAGGCAUCCGACACAACAUGACCGACAUCGCGGCACCCCCAAUGGCCUCCGACGCCAUGCAGGGCCUCAUCGCCGCCCCCGCCCCCGUCUCUGCCCUGGCCGUUCCGUCCGCUGCAGAACCCGUCGCGCCCGCACCCUCAGCAGAGCCGGAGUUCGCCACGGAGACUCUGUACAUCCAAAACCUCAACGAGAAGAUCAAGAUACCCGUGCUCAAGGCGUCCCUCCGGAGUCUCUUCAAGGCGUACGGAGAGGUCCUAGACGUCGUCGCACACAGCAAUCUGCGCAUGCGCGGGCAGGCGUUCGUGGCGUUCGAGUCCGCGGACAUCGCGAAGAAGGCGUUGAAGGAGGUGCGAGGGUUUCCGCUAUAUUCAAAACCGAUGCAAAUAUCCUUCGCGAGGACACGGUCGGACGCGGUGGUGAAGAAGAUAGAUGCUGCGCACUAUGAGGAGCACAAGAUACGGAGAUUGGAACAUAAGAAGGCUACCCGCUACACUAACCCCUUGAAGCGGAAGUACAAGGCACGCAAACAGGCUAUGGAUAUGGACGGAACGGGAGCCGCCCCCGUAUCCAAGCGGCCAAACGUCCAGAUGCCCGACGAGUACCUCCCACCAAACAAGAUUCUCUUCCUGCAGAACCUGCCCGAGAGCGUCACCAAGGACCAACUCAUGGCCCUCUUCUCACAGUAUCCGAACCUACACGAAGUGCGUCUCAUCCCAACAAAGAAGGACAUCGCGUUCGUGGAGUACGUGGACGAAGGCAGUGCGACGAUGGCGAAGGACGCGCUGCACAAUUACAAGCUCGAUGGCGAGAACAAAAUCAAGAUUACGUUCGCGAGGAAGUGAACAUUAUGCCCCUUCAUGUUCCACUCAUCACCUGCUUCCUGCAUGCGCGGUCAUCUUGUUGCCAACCAUACGCUGCUAUGCGUUGUAUCGUAUGUGUAUGUAUUAUAGUGUCAUAGCUGUUUUACAUGCCGCAGUCCCCUACCCAUCGAACACGCU